UGGAUCCCAGUUAGAUCAACCCUUCGAUCCAUGUGCUGAACAAAGAACAACCAAGUAAAACCAAUCUUUUGCCCCGCUUCUUAGUGGAAAAUCAGUGGAGUUUUUCAUCACGAGCUUGCUCAAUCAAUUCUCUGUUCCCUCGACGAGAAAUGUUUGGUAAUUUCGUGAAUAAAAACGCAAGAGCGGCUCUGAAAGAAUACGGAGACUUUAACGGUGUUGGAGUAGAAUACGAAAUGUUGGAUCCUACAGGACCUCCUCAUAGUCCUCAAUACACCGCCCGUGUUAUGAUCGGAGAAAGCCGUUACGACACUGCUACGGCAGCUACCAAGAAAGAUGCUAAAGAAUAUGCUGCUGAUCUUGCACUGAGAGCGUUGACACAAGAACCUGGUGCAUACCAUUCUGUUUACCCAGGAGCAUUAAGCCAAGCAGGACAACCAAGUCUUUCAUCUGGCCUCUCUUCCUCCCUCCCUUACAGACGAUACCCUAAGCGUUUAAACCGUAAGAAACAGUCCAAAAAUAACCAGCUCUCUGCCCCACCAGACAAGGAUCCUGUUAUGCUUAUUAAUGAGUAUGGACAGAAGAUGAACACAACGGUAAAGUUUGAAGAUACACCGUGUUCUUUUCCUGGGAUGUUUGAGUCAUUUGUAUUUGUUGGUUCACAAAAGUUUGGUCCAAUGAGAAGCACUACAAAGAAGAUGGCACGUAAACUAGCUGCGAUAGUAGGCCUGAAGGAGCUUAUUAACUGGGAACCCAAACAAGGGUUGUAUGACGCCAAGCCUAAUGCUGCUGUGCCAGAGCUAAGUGUAGAGCCAUCUGCAGAGGGUGACGGCAUGACACUAACCAAAGAUCCUGUUAUGCUGUUGAAUGAGUACUGUCAAAGGAGCCAAAAGAAGAUUGUAUUUGAGGAGGUACAAGAAGGUGGUACUGACCAUAACAGGGUGUUCUCAUACCGUGUUAUUAUUGAUGAUCGCACUUUUGAGCAAGGUAGUGGUGCGUCAAAGUCUAGAGCCAAGAAGAAUGCUGCUCUAUUUGCACUGAAAUCCUUAUAUGACAUGCCUCUCUUUAUGCCUGAAAAGCAGGCAAGUGAGGCCAUGUCAGCGUCUGAUUCCCACCCUGUGAGCAUGCUCAAUGAAUAUGGACAGAAGCACAAGCAAAAGAUUGACUUUGAAGACCUUGGCUAUACUGGGCCAGAUCAUGGCCGAACCUACUCAUUCCGAGUGAUAGCUGGAGAACGGAUCUUUGAUAUGGGGUACGGUGCUAGCAAGAAAGAGGCAAAGAGAGAAGCUGCAAAGAUAGCACUGAGUGAACUCCUUGGUCUUGACUUGGAAAUAGACAAAAUGAACCAACCUCCAGCCGAAGAGGACCCAAGCAAUGCCGCAAAAGGUCCUCCCAAGAAUCCAGGGACAAAGAGUAAAGUGAGCGAACUGUACGAAUACUGCCAGGCUUAUCACCUUGAGCAACCUGAACCCAAGGAUGUCUUCCCUGCUGACCGUACAUCACCAUCAUUUCACUAUGUCUCAUACAAGAUAGGUGACAAGGAGUUCUCUAUCGGCGAUGGAAGGAGCAAGAAGGCUGCAAGAGAAGCUGCCGCAACACUAACCCUAGACGAGCUAAUGAAGAAGAACGAAGGAUCUAAGUACACACCUGUAGGAACGACAGAAGCAGAUCGCCUGGCUGCUCUCAGCUGGAAUUGUCUGUCAAAGAUCAGUAAGAAUGCUCCUGAUUCAUGGAGAUUUGCUGGCUACAAAGUCCUUGCUACUAUCAUCAUGCAAGACAACGAUGCUGAGCCAUGCAUUGUGAGCUUGGGCACUGGAAACAAGUGCAUCAGUGGUGAUCAGCUUUGUCUUGAUGGCUCCAUCGUGUUUGAUUCUCAUGCAGAAGUGAUCGCUCGCCGUGGUCUGAUAAGAUUCUUCCUUUGUCAGUUAGACAUCCUGUUCGCAAAUUCAGGAGAAAAGAGCAUCUUUGAGCAGCCCAAAGCAAAAGGCACCAAAAUGAAAUUACGUGAUGGAGUAAAGUUUCAUCUUUACAUCAGUACGGCACCUUGUGGUGAUGCUGCCAUCUUUGUGGCUGGAAACACAAGCCCAACAAUCAAUGGAAUGAGUGAACCAAUCUUUGGAAACAAGCAACAUGGACUACUGAGAACUAAAGUCGAAAAAGGCGAAGGAACGAUCCCACUUGAUAGUAAUGAUGGGGUACAGACUAUUGAUGGGAUUAGACGAGGACAGCGACUCAGGACUGCAUCGUGUAGCGACAAGCUAAUGAAGUGGAAUGUCCUCGGUAUGCAAGGUGCGUUGCUAAGCAACGUCAUCGAGCCAGUUUACUUGAGUUGGCUUGUGGUGGGAGACCUGUUUGAUGCCGGACAUCUCUCACGAGCUCUCAGCGCACGCGUAGAACGUGACGGAGAAAAUACCUUUUCUACAAAGCUGCCGGCUCCUUAUCACGUGAACCAUCCCACAUUACACUGCGGUCGUAUUGCGUCACAUGACUCGUCACGCAAGGUUGAGACGAAGAACAAGGCAAAGAACGUGACACUUAACUGGAUACUGGAAGAUGAAAGCAAAGUCGAGGUAUUCGACGCAUGUCUGGGUUGUAAUCCAGCUGUCAAGUCACCUCCAAGGCUCUCAAAACUUUCGCUUCUGAAUACUUUCAAAGAAGUUCUAUCCAAGAGUCCUGAUGUGACGCUCGAAACCGUUCUCGUGGCUUCGUCUUAUCGAGAAGCCAAGAACAUGGCACAAGAAUACACCAAAGUCAAGUCUCUUUUAUUCAAACUCAUGAAUGAAAAAGGAUACGGAUCCUGGGAACUAAUGAAGAAACCUGUUGAACUGGACCAGUUUUGCUGAAUGGAGAAAGGGUUUGACUGUGUCUUUAGAUUCCAGGACACUGCUUUUAAUUAGUGGACAUGAUGCUUAGAGAGGGUCUGGGUACGUGUUAUGCUAAUGCUAUUUUAAAAAAAGAAGAAAGCUGCCGUGUAUAUUUCUGAUAAAACAGGUCAUACUCCCUCCUCAAUUUAACCUAACAUGCUAAAUUCCGAUUCGAUCUCUGUGUUAGCCAUGCCAUGCCCCGACUUAGAUCAGCCCAGAGGUUGUUUCAGGGUUCGAUCUGUGAGAUAGCCGUGCCCUGACUUAGAUCAGCCCAGAGGUUGUUUCAGGGUUGAUCUGUUAGUUAGCCAUGCCCUGACUUAGAUCAGCCCUGAUGUGGUUUUUUAGGGUUAGAUAAGGUUUCAAAGAAAAAUGAUAUCAUAAGAAUCAUAAGUGCUUUUAGCUGUAGUAAUAAGGACCCACGUGUAUCUAAUGACUCUGGUAUAAUAGCCUUAGAGCGUGUGCUUUGUAUUAAGGCGCUUGCUUAAAGGUGGCAAUAAGGUCCCACUUGUAUCUAAUGACUCUGGUAUAUUGGCCUUAGAGCUUACUUAUGGCUAGAGAUAGUGUGCUUUGUAUUAAGGCGUUUGCUCAUAGGCAGUAAUAAGGUCCCACUUGCAUCUAAUUACUCUGGUAUAAUGGCCUUAGAGCUUACUUAUGGCUAGAGAUAGUGUGCUUGGUAUUAAGGCGCUUGCUCAUAGGUAGUAAUAAGGUCCCACUUGUAUCUAAUUACUCUGGUAUAAUGGGUAUUUUAAGGUUUGUUAAACAGUUUUGAUAUCAGUUUUUAUUGUGAACUUGGGUGUUUUAUUGAGGAAUUAUAAAAUAUGCUGUACAUAUAUAUCACGUAGAUUCUUACCAGACAUAAACGCACAUUAGAGUCGACUAUUAAAACGACUUACCCUCAAGAUACAUUAGUAGACGUACUCAUAAAUCAUAUAAAGAAAAGAAUAAUCCAA